AAAACACAGAGAAAAGAAAGAAUACUCUUCUCUACUCUCUCUUGCGUCGUCUCUGUUUCUUUCUCUCUCAAAUUCUCAUCAGAGAACUCAAGACACCUGAAGAAGAAGAAAUUUCUAAACAGUUCCUGCCAUUCCUUCAACCAGAGAACUUCCUUUCUCUAGAUUCAGACUCUCAAUUUUGGAGGGUAUUCAACAAAAUUCCAUCUUCUUCUGAGUGAUGGGUGUGAGUAUCCGAUGGUCUCAUACUUCUCACAUAACUGAGAUUCUCAUUACAAGUUUUUUCCGUCAUAAAUCUUAGACCAAAAAUAAAUAAAAAAUCAGUGUAAGAAAUCAUGACUAAUUUGAAGUGUCAAAAUUAUUAAUUAGUUACAAGAAUUCUAAUAGAUACACAAGGGUUUGGAAAGAAAAAUUAUCGAAGGUGGAAGGGUUUAUGGUGGUUCUAACAUCAGCUCGAUGCUACUUCAAAAUCAAAGGAUUUCGUCUUCUUCUACUGUUGAUAAUAAUAAUCUCGUGAUUCCUAGCUCUUCUUCUUCUGCUGCUGCUGCUUUUCCUGGUUCGAGAUCUAUGGUUAAUUUUUCAGAUGCUAAUGGAAUUAAUUUCUCGGGCAAGUCGUUUUUCCGAUCAUUUGAUUACGAAGAAAAUGGGGAUGAAGAUUUCAAUGAGUAUUUUCGACAACCUGAGAAGAAAAGGAGGCUGACUGUCAAUCAAGUUGAGUUUCUUGAAAGGAGUUUUGAAGUGGAGAAUAAACUCCAACCAGAAAGGAAAGUUCAACUUGCAAAGGAUCUUGGUUUGCAACCCCGGCAAGUUGCAAUAUGGUUUCAGAACCGUCGUGCUCGGUGGAAGACAAAAUCCUUGGAAAAAGAUUACGAUUCUCUGAAGGCUAGUUACGACACUCUGAAGAUCAACUAUGAAAACCUUCUGAAGGAGACAGAGAAACUUAAGACUGAGGCUCUUACCCUCACAAACCAGCAUUUGCUGCACGAGAAAGAGAUGGAUAACUCAGAGUCGUUGCAUCUUAUCGAACAAUGUCACACGCGAACACAGAAAUUCAUCCCAGUUGAAGUUUUUGGGGAGAGACCAUUGGAUGUAGCUUCUAUAGUCUGUAAGCAAGAAAGUUUUAAUUCAUCGAACAGUGAUGUCGUUGAUACUGAUAGCCCACAUUACAUCAAUGGUCUACACUCUUCUGCUCUGUUGAUGGAGCCUGCAAAUUCAUCUCAUGUCUUUGAAGUUGAUCAGUCGGAUCUCUCACAAGAUGAAGACGAAAACUUUAGCAGGAAUGUGUUACCUGCCAUGUACAACUUUUCAAAGCCUGAAGAACCAAACCCACCUGCAAAUUCUUGUAACUAUGGCUUUUUGGCGGAGGAUCAGCCUGUUUGGUUCUGGUCUCAUUGAGUCACUAUGUGGUGAUUAUGCAUGUAUUUACUCUCAUAAUUUGCUUUUCUUUUGUCGCAUGUUAUAUAUAUAUAUAUAUAUCUAAAUGUCGAAUAAGCACCAGAACCGUGAUUAAAUUCACCCCCAAACCAUAUGUGGUGGUGGGUUUGUUAAUAGUCAGUUUGAACUUUGAAGUGAUGACGAAUAUGGAUUUUCCUUCCUCCAUUGUAAUAUUAUUCUUGCUUGUGUCGUUUAGUUGUUUGUGCUAUAUGAUUUAUCAGUGGAAGUUUUCUUUAUUUGAGUUCGUCAAUGUAGUUUCA